CUCCUGUGGAUCAGACGGAGGGAGAGAGAGGGGGGAGGAAGGACGCAGAAUGGCGAACGUGCAGUGCUCCAAAUGCACGGCCGAAAGAAGAGGGUUUCGGCGGGAACUUGAUUCUUGGCGACACAAAUUGAUACACUGCGUUGGGUUUGAAAGCAUUCUGGAGGGAAUCUAUGGCCCACUGCUGCUGAAGGACCUCAAUUUAUUUGAUGACUGCGAACCUGAAGAGUUGGAUGAGUGGUCCCUAGAAACAAAUUGCGCUCAAUGUUCAUUCUGCAACCUUCCCCUCGACAAACUCAGCAGUGAUCAUGCACCUGCAGCCACCUCGCCCCUCUCCUCCCCCUCUGAUUACUCUCCCUGCCAGGCUCCAAACAUCUCUGAGAGCAGCCAAUCAGCAAACAGGUUUCUCCAUGCUGUGUUUUACAAGAAAGAUGUGGCACUGGGCUGCGAUUUCAAAAUCCCUCUGGUUGCCCAGGAGCUAAUGAAGAAGAUGAUACAUCAGUUUGCCUUGGAGUACGCAUCCAAGUGCCUACAACACACCAGUACAAAUGGUGCUACAACAAGGACCUCAUCAUCUCUGCCACAAACAUCAGAUGCCCCUCUGGACCUCACAGUGAGCCGAACUGGAAACGAGAAAGAAAGUGACCCAGAUGCCGUGCUCGACCUCUCCAACAGGAACUCUGCUUCGUCAACAUCAAUAAAAGGAAAAGCUUCAGGCUUGCUGUUGUCGUCAUUAAAGGAAGAAUUGGGAGAUCUGGGACAGCGAGGGACUCAGCUCCGUCAGAGCUCUGCGUUAGGUGCUGUUCUCAGCUUGCUCUGCUCAGCACAUCGUUCCUUACUCUACCACAUCCUGAAGCUGGCAUGCCAGGAAAAAAUGAUGUUGUUUCUUAAUCACAGAGCUGAAGGUCAAACGGAAUCUCACUCCUCUUACUGUGGUGUAAGCCAACAGGAUAUUGUUACCCCUAAUUCAGUCCCAUUUAGUGAAUGUAAAGCCCAUAACAGCAACUUAUUCUGCCCCUCAAUUGACUUUGAUCAUCAAGAUCUUGGCAGCGCAAUGUAUCAUACAGGAGACUCCACGUCCAAAUGUAGCAUCCAUCACUUCUCUUUAACAGACUGUAAAAGUGACACUCCUCUGGGCUCAAGCUACAGCUGUGUGCAGAGGUGCAGGAGGCAAACCUACACCGCUAUGUGCCCCAAGAGGCUGCACUGCAUUUCCGGCCAAAGCCUGGCUGUAGGUCAUAUAAACAACCUAGUUUGUUCAUUUACAUCCUCUCCUUCGUUAUCCCAAUCCCCUUCAGUUUGCACCCCCUCCUCUAGUUUAUGCCCUUCUUCAUCGAUUUGCUGUAACCAACACAACCCCCACUCUUGUCCCUGCUAUUCAAACCCUGCCUGUCUGACGCAGGUCAGGAACUCAAUAGAAAAAGGGAUGGGAGAUGGAGAUCCUCCUUGUCCUGUCCUGAAGAGAGAGCAGAGCCCCUCUCCUCCUCCACUGUCCCCUAUGCCCUCAGACAUGGAUACACAAACUGAUGAAAAGCCACCCUCUCUUCUUCACCAUAGACAAGAGAAGGAAACUGACCUAAUUGUUAAAGAUGACAUGGUGAAUGAACGGCAACAGGAAGCAGGUGUGGAUACAGCUACAGAAAUGGAGCGAUACUGUAGCACCCCAAGCAGUAUACAUUCUGAGCAAAACCCAAGUGGGACUUCACUGCAAGAUGUUGUGAAUCGGUUCAGUGAGAAACUGGAGACAAUCGGAACUAUAGAGAAGGAUAUACCUCUGGUAUUCACAGCCGUUAAUAUCUCUAAAAAGGAGCGGCCACAGUGUCCCUCGACAAGUCAGAACCUGCAGUUUCAGGCUGAUGCCCAUUUGACUGAAAUUAUCACAACAGUGCUUCACACAGGCAGUGCUAGUGACUACAAUCUCAGUGAGCUGUUCAAUCGCCAUGACAGCAAAGAGCCCAAGUCACCUAACACUCGCUCACGACGACGCCAAGAAGUCCUUGCUGCUAUAGCAACACCUGCUGAUGAUGCUUCAACCAGAAGGCAAACCUUAAAAAUUAAACGAGAGCUUGCAGUGUUUGACCUGUCUUACAGUAGAAGGAAGGCGCGACAAGCAAAGAGGCAAAGAUUGAAUAAUGGAAAUGUUGCUGCAAAUACAUUACACACUUUAUCAGAUUCAAACCUAGUUAAAGAGGAUUCUCAAAACGAAAUGGAGCUAGGUGUUGAACCUGCAGAGAACCAUAGUUUUAGGGAGGGACCACUGAACAUUAUCAUUUCAAAAAGUGACGAUGAAAUAAAGGAGGAGAUAAAAGCAUAUAUAAUAACAGAAGGAGUUCAGAUCAUUCAAGCAGAGGAGAAAGAAAGGGAAAUAUCCUUUGGGGGAAAAUAUCUUACCCACUCAGGCACGUUACCUACCCCUGAGCUACUGAGUACAUUUGGCAUACAAGGCUUGAAGGGGGACAGUGUACAGACAAAGAAGAUGGCAAUGACUGCAACCUCGGCAAAACGGUGCAGCAGGCCCGAUGGUAUGGGUACUGAUGCUGUAAAGGAAAUGAACAGUGAUAACGAAGCCUCCUCAGGUCAAAGCACUAAUGGUGACAAUAGACGAGGCAUAGGUAAAGAUUACCAUAAUCCAAAUGGAAAUAGGCAGAAACGUCCGUCACACCACUCCAAGGACUCAGGGCGAACCAGGAGACAUAUAGUGCCUCCACAGCGUUUCUCCUCUUAUGUCACAGAGCCCAGGAAGAUGUUUUAUGUUUCAUGUUUCUCUGAAAACACCUCCAACCAGGAAACUGAAAUGGACAAUGUUUUGACAUCUAGCACAGUAGAUGCCUUAUCCAAAGUUCCAGACGCUGAGGGCUCUAAACUGGAAUCAAUAAGGGAAGCCCUUUUGUCCUCAUUUCAAUCGCCAGAGAGAGAUGAGUGUGAAACAUCCUACACAGAAUCAAAAGUUUUUUCCACAAAUCAGAUCACUCCACAGGUCCCUGUUGCUGCCAAAGCAAAGAGUCAAACAAAGCAAAGCAUGGACAAUGAAACAGAUGGCAGCAACUCUGAUGACAAGCUUUUUAGAAGGCUGCGGUCAUCUCCAAAAAGAAUGCAGUACUCAAAGACAGCUUCAAGUACUCUCCAAAACCCAUCAAAUAUGGAUGUCCCAAUGAAGUCUGCUACCUGUUUUGAAAGCCCUCCCAACUCCCAAGUCCAGUACACUAGUCCAAUAAAGCUUAUGUUUGUAUCACCAAUAAAGGAUAAGGAAGGGGUCAGAUAUAGUCUUAAAUCUGCAUAUUCUGGUUCUAAUGAACAGGAACCCUUUGACCCCUGUAUAGUGUCUUCAUGGUCAGGAACAAAAAGUAAGACAACUGAGUUGUGUACUUCACCAGUAAAGUCUCUUUCUUCAAGACCGAAAUCUGCAACUUCUCCUGCAAAAUCUGCUUCAUCGACACUUAGGUCAGGUCCUUCACCAGCCAAGUCCUCUUCUUCACCCAAGUUAGCUUCUUUACCCCCGAAGUCGUCAUCUUCCCCCAAGUCUGCUUCUUCACCAUCCAAGUCAGCGUCUUCACCAUCCAAGUCUGUUUCUUCACCAUCCAAGUCUGGUUCUUCACCACUCAAGUCAGCGUCUUCACCAUCCAAGUCUGGUUGUUCACCAUCCAAGUCUGGUUCUUCACCACUCAAGUCCGCAUCUUCGCCCAAGUCUGCUUCAUCGUCACCUAAAAUAGGUUCCAGACGAUCAGGCGAAGGCACUCCGACUAAGCAUGUGGAUGUAGCUGAAAGCCAGAGAUCACCAGGUGGCUCAAUGUCUUUCCAUGAAACGACUCCAAAAAGGCGUCCAGGCCGGCCAAAGAAGCUGGGGCCACAACUUGAGCAAAAGGCAAAGAGGCCAAUCGGUCGACCACGCAAGGAGAAGGCUGUGGAUUCAGUACUGGGGGAAAAAACAGUAAAUGGAAAAUCUUUUACAGCAUACGAGGCUGAGGAAAAUGUAAACAAGAACUUAAAAAUAACAGUCGUGUUUGGCCGCUCUAGGAGAAACAAACGAACCGUGGCCGAGGGAUUUGACCAGCUGCAAACAGAAUUCCAUGAUGCUUGUCAAGCAGUUGGCCUUAAAAGUGAUUUGAGUAUUUUAGUGAACAACUCUGAGACCAAUUCAAGUAGCAUCAAAAGAGCAUCAUCAGAAUUGUCAGAUGAAUUAAGUUUUGUCAGUCCUCUUAAAGAGUCUAGCCCUCAAUCUAGCAGUACCAUCAUAUGUCAGAAACGGGAUGACUCUGCACCCUCAAGGAAACCAGGUAGACCUGCAAAAGUUAAAAUCUCUGGAAUCUCAGUCACAGUAACUACAGUGUCUCCUCGUCAUCGUAAAAUUCUGAUAAAUAAGGAUACUCGGCAGUCUCCUGAAACACUAAUUUCUAAGAAACUACUCCUACCAGAAUUCAAAUCUGCCAAUGAGCCCCGGACAAUCAGUCGACAGUCAUCCAGCAAAAUCAGUCAAAUUGAAGAAGGGAUUGAAAUAGAGGAUGAAAAUAAAGACAAAUUGCCAAAGCAGCCUGUUGCAGUGCGUCACUCAAUGAGAGUGAGAAAGCCUUCAAUCCACUUUCUGCACGCUGUUGCCACCUCCACCUUUAAAUCAUACAGCCGCAGCAAUGCUCUGCUACGGCGCUCCAAACAACUUCUGCUAAACAAGGCCAGCAAUGAAAGGAGACAGGGGGAGCAACCAAGUAGUGUGGAGACUUUAAGGGAGAGAAGACGGCCCUGUGAACAAGAGAAGAAUCACAUAUCUCAGGACCUUGGCAGAGUGGCCGGAGUAUCUGUAGAUUCAAUCUUUACCCCAAGGGAGACGCUAAGGUGGUGGAAACCAUCAGCAGAAGAAAAGACUAUGAGUGAGGAGCUUGCCAGGCGAAUACGAGUCAUAUCUGACACUUGGGUCUCAAACACUGGGGAGAACCAAGUAAAAGAGACUGCUUUUAAAUCGAAACAAGGCACGAGUUCAUUUGCCAGGAGGUCCAAACAUUCCUCUGUGGUACGAACCCUGUUUGACUGUCCUCCUGAAGAACCAAGGUCCUGUACUAUGCAGCAGGUCUGUUCCUGGUUUAUGAAAACCACAGAGACACAGUCCCUUUCUAUCGUCAAGAAGGCAAGCUCACGUAAUUCUUACGAACUGAUGCAUUUUCCUCGUACUAUCAAUAAAGAAUGUGUUUUCACCAGUCCUCAGGCCCAGCGACUGCGCAAACACCUCAAGAAAUUCGCCAAAACUGUGCCAAAAAGUCCUUUGCAACAUCAACAAGCUCAAAGAAGAUUGAGGAAGAGAAAUGAGAAGAUAAGGCGACAACUUUUUGCCACAGGUCGGCUCAAUCAAAGAGCCCAAUGGUGGAGAAGCAGAUCAUUUGGCAAAUAUCUGACCAAUCUGUUUAGAGCAAAGAUAAAGUUCCUAACCCGAAAAGAAAGGGAGAGGUGUCAAAAGAAGCACAGGAGUAAGAAAAACAUAAAUGUAGCUACACGUUCAAAUGGACAGAAAGUAACUGGACUACUACCAAAACGUAAAGCAUUACGUAGAUCAGCAAGAGGUCAGUUAUCUGACUGUUUGGCAAACGGUUCUGUUAACCAAACGCAGGAGCCUGCGGAGGUACCUAAAGAGCACAACAUCUGCUCCAAAGCCUGGAGUCCUGAGACACUGAAGGAAUGCAGAGUGUUUCUGAGGAAGAUUAACUCUCCGGACAAUGAAUACACUGAGGAAGAGUGGGACUCCUGUACUGUGACACUGGAUGAUGGGUCACCUUCGGCAUACCUCUUAGCAGGAAGGAAGAAAGAACUUGUAGGAGUUGUUAAAGCUGUGAAAACUGAAAGAAAAAGGAGUACCAUCUCAAGAGAGCAAGCAGGUUCUGCACCGAAAUCAGUCCAGGUGCAGGAUGAGGUGCCAGAUAGGAGGAGGAAUGGCAAAUACAAAAGUCCUUUGGUUGCUUCUACUGAACCACUGCAACCACCACCAGCGAAAAUGUUGAGACAAUCGCGAGUGAGAGGCCUUACCGGGCCGAGAUGGUGCGACUUUGUUUUUGAAAGCUAAUUGAAGCAUGAUGCCUCCUCCGACCUGGGGAAGGGACUGUUGCUUAACGUGGUGCCUUUGGAUAUUGAGCUGACCACAAGGACUGACCAAUUCCGCUAUGGUUCAGUCUUACACUCAGCAUUUAUGUAGCAGUCUAACUUAACAAAAGCUUGAUGUUGCACUAUUUUUAUCUAUGGAUAUGUACAGAAAUGUUAAUUUUUUUUAUUGCAUUUUUCUUUCUGAGCGCGUAUAGUAGAUCAAACCAUUACGAUAAAGAGAGUUUUUGGGGAUAUGUGCUUAAAACAGUGAGCCAUGUCAGAGUAGCUGUAAUUAAAGGAAAGGCUUGAGAUCAUGCCGAUAGUGCCAUCUCCCCCAAAACAUACCUCAUUAUCAAUGCCACCACUUAUUCUAGACCAGGGGUUCUCAAACUUUUUGUUUAUGCGGACCACUAUUUAUUAUCAAGGAUUUUCGCGGACAACCUCAUAUGCAAACCGUAAAAAUAAGUAGGCCUACAUAUAUAAACGUAGUGUUAAAACGCUGAUAUUUUAUAUAGUUUAUAUAAUUAUAGACAAUCAAAAGUAAAUUGAAGCCAAUCUGAUACUUUUGUGACCGGUGUCUGUCUGCGUUGUGUAUGUUUUUCAAAGAGGAUGGCGGACGCUAUUUUAAUUAGGUCAUCCCAAACAAUGCCA